CUUAUCCAACCUAAUAACCUUCGAUCAAAAAAGAGAAAACUUGCACCAGUUUACGAAUAUCUUGAUGAGCUUAGUGACAAUUCAAGCUCUGUAAGAUAUGUAACAAUAAAUGGGCAGAAGGCACAUCAAUUUCAACAAUAA